AUGCUCCUGCUGGUUCUCACCGUGGCCGUCCCGCUGCUGCUCCUCCGCCCCCCCGACACCUCCGCGCACUACUACGAGAUGAUGGGCACGUGCCGCAUGGUGUGCGAGCCGCACGGACCCAAGCCGGCGGGGGGCACCGCCAUGGAGGUGAGCCAGAGCCAGAACGGGCUCGCGCCGCCGCCCGCCAGGGCGCAGGGGACCCGCGGGGAGCAGGGGCGCCCCGGGAAGCCCGGACCCAGGGGCCCGCCGGGAGAACCGGGCCCCCCGGGUCCGAGGGGGCCCCCGGGAGAGCGCGCGGACAGCAAGGCGGCUUUCCCGCCUCUGACCGGCGCGCCGGCGGGAGACGUCGACUCGGACGGAAGCAACGCCACGAGCAGCGUGAUCCGGAUCGCGUUCUACGUGGGUCUGAAGAACCCGCACGAGGGCUACGAGGUGCUCAGGUUCGACGACGUCAUCACGAACCUGGGGAACCACUACGACCCGAACUCCGGAAAGUUCACGUGCCAUGUGUCCGGGAUCUACUUCUUCACCUACCACGUGCUGAUGCGCGGGGGGGACGGGACCAGCAUGUGGGCCGACCUGUGCAAGAACGGACAGGUUCGGGCCAGUGCCAUAGCUCAGGAUGCGGACCAGAACUACGACUACGCCAGCAACAGCGCCGUGCUGCACUUGGACUCUGGAGACGAGGUCUAUGUCAAGCUGGACGGAGGCAAAGCCCACGGAGGCAAUAACAACAAGUACAGCACCUUCUCCGGUUUUAUCUUGUACCCCGACUAA